AUGAAGAUGAUUGAAAAGACCAUAGAAAAAAUAAGCGAACAGAGAAAGAAGUUAAAGAGAGAACAGAGAAAGAAGUUAAAGAGAGAACAGAGAAAGAAGUUAAAGAGAGAACAGAGAAAGAAGUUAAAGAGAGAACAGAGAAAGAAGUUAAAGAGAGAACAGAGAUGCCAGUUAAAGAGAGAACAGAGAAAGAAGUUAAAGAGAGAACAGAGAUGCCAGUUAAAGAGAGAACAGAGAAAGAAGUUAAAGAGAGAACAAAGAAAGAAGUUAAAGAGAGAACAGAGAAAGAAGUUAAAGAGAGAACAGAGAUUUAAAGAGAGAACAGAGAAAGAAGUUAAAGAGAGAACAGAGAAAGAAGUUAAAGAGAGAACAAAGAAAGAAUUAAAGAGAGAACAGAGAAAGAAGUUAAAGAGAGAACAAAGAAAGAAGUUAAAGAGAGAACAAAGAAAGAAGUUAAAGAGAGAACAGAGAAAGAAGUUAAAGAGAGAACAGAGAAAGAAGUUAAAGAGAGAACAGAGAUAUGACUUUGACAGCGAGUCUUGUCAAAAAAAAAUGACCAGACCAGCUUUAAAUGCUUUGAAUGUGAUGUCAAAUACAUGUAUAUGUUAA